CGGAAUAGAGCAGCAAUACAGGGUGUGGAACCAAAAGAGCACCACUGCCUAUAAUACCAGUGGCCCCUUUCCCCUGUUUUCCUCAACGCUUUCCCUUUCUUCUCCACUCCUCGCCUCCCUCCACACUUCUCUCUGCUCCCGGCGGCAUCCGCGUUGCCCACUGCAUUGCAGACAGACGGACAGGACCACAACAGCUGCUGCCCACAGCACCGAAGCCAGGAAUCCACGACUUCUUGGAUCCAUCCAUGGGGAGGCGCGAGAUGAACGGGCGGCUAUCGGCCGAGUACCAGGGCCUGGAGGUGAAGGUGCCCAACCUCUUCCGGUGCCCCAUCUCGCUGGACGUCAUGCGCUCCCCCGUGAGCCUCUGCACGGGCGUCACCUACGAGCGCGCCUCCAUCCAGCGCUGGCUCGACUCCGGCAACACCACGUGCCCGGCCACCAUGCUCCCGCUCCCUUCCACCGACCUUGUCCCCAACCUCACCCUGCGCCGCCUCAUCGCGCUCUGGGCGUCCACGGCCGCGCCCUCCUCUCCCUCCUCUUCCUCCUCCUCACCGCCCGCCGCGUCCGCCGUCGGGCCCACGCCGGCCGCCGCGGCGGCCGAGCUCCUCCGCCGGGUCGCUGACCCCGGCGCCGACCCCUGCCCCCCGCUACGGAAGCUCGCGGCUUUCCUCUCCGACGACGACGUGGACGAGUUCGACAAGAACGCGCUGGCUCGGGCCAGCGGCGCCGCGGAGACCGUGGCGACCGUGCUGCUGCGGAGGUCGGCGGCGGACAUGGAGGCCGCGGAGGCCGCCGUGCGCGUGCUGGCGGCGGUCGCGGCGUCCGACUGCAUCGAGGAGGAGAGCAAGAGGCGCGUGGCCGCGGCGCUCGCCGCCGACGCGCCGUCCGCGGCCGCGUCCCUCGCGCGCGUGCUGCGGGGCGGGGCCUCGCUGGAGGCGCGCGUGGACGCGGCGAGGCUGGUGGAGUCGAUGCUCCGCAAUGCGGCGUCGGCACGGGCGGCGGUGGCGGAGUCCGAGGACCUGGUCGGCGAGCUGAUCCGCCUCGUGGGCCCCGCGGACGACGAGAAGGAGAAGAAGGAGAAUAAGAACGGCGGCGGCGUGGCCCUGGACAGGCAGGCCGUGGCGGCGGGGCUGUCGUGCCUGGCGGCCAUCGCGGCGACACGGCGCAACGCCCGCGCCGACAUGGUCCGUCUGGGCGCCGUGCCGGCGGCCGUGCGCGUGCUGGAGGCCGACGCCGGGUCCCCGAGCCAGGCGCUCCGCGUGCUGGAGGCGGCGGUGGGGUGCGCCGAGGGCCGCGCCGCGGUGUGCGAGUCGGCGGGGACCGCGGUGCCCGCGGUGGUGUCCAAGAUGAUGAAGGGCGGGAUGGGCGGCGCCGAGGCGGCCGUGUCGGUGCUGUGGGCGGUGUGCCACCGGUACCGGGACCGGCGCGCCGUGGAGGCCGCGGCGGGGUGCGAGGGCGGGCUCACCAAGCUGCUGCUGCUGAUGCAGAGCGGGUGCUCGGCGUCGGCGAGGCAGAUGGCGUCGGAGCUGCUCAAGAUCUUCAGGGUGAACGGCAAGAGCUGCGUCGCGGGGUACGACUCCAAGACCAGCCACAUCAUGCCCUUCUGAUUUUCUCACCAGGAUGCCGUCGGAGUCGGACGGAUGGAACAGGGGAACCAACUCACAUUUGUCUUUUCCAAUUCCCAUUUCUUGAUUUUGAUUUUAUUUGAUUCGGUGAAAGUACAUACAUACAGCAGGGAGAGAAAAAAAAAGAAUCGGAGCAACACAAACUUGUACAUGGGUAGAGAAUUUUGGUAGAAAGAAAUUUAUGGAUGAGACAAAUUCAGCUUGUCGAUCGGUCA